CAUGCAGUUUACCCAUUUGUACAAUGGGAAUUGUUCAUUUGUUCCAGUCAGUGGGAGGAGAGAAUACAAUUCGUAUACGAAUUAUUAUAAUAAUUCAGAUGUCGUAAUUAUGUGAUAAUUCAGAUGUCGUUGUCCUGUUGGUUAUUAUGCAAAAUCCGACACGACCGAAUUACAAUAAGUUACAGCAUGUGAAUUACAAGUUUCAUUAAUGUUCUUAGAUCAGACAGUGAUUACAAGGGUCACGUGGUGUCAAAUGGAUCGUUUAGUAAGAUAGUCGCUCCUGGAAUGAGAUUAGGUUGGCUCGAGGCUCCGAAAAUUAUCCAGGACAAAAUUAUCCUCAGUGCAACCCUGUCCAGCGGAGGUGGCCUGAAUCAAUACACAUCGGCUAUUAUGGGUACAGCUCUGAAGAAUGAAAUUCUAUCUUCGUAUUUCACGGACAUGAUAUUAGAUUUAAAAAGAAAGAUGGAGUUGAUGUGUGAAUCUCUUGAUAAAUAUGCGAAGCCGUAUGUGAAAUACAGAAAACCCACGGGAGGAUAUUUCGUUUGGAUUGAACUGCCCUCUAACUGCGACGCCGAAGCUUUUACGAAAUAUUGUGAGAAACACAAAGUCUCUAUGCGUCCAGGACGAAGAUUCUCACCCAAUGGCAAUUUUAAAAACUUCAUCCGAUUAUGCUUUGCCUUCCUGGCCGAAGAAGAAAUAGAGAAAGGUAUCAGAGAAAUAGGAACAGCACUCAAUGAAUUUUGUGGCUAAUAAAAUCAAAUGACUCGAAAAUAAAGUUUUACCAUGCAAUAAUUCUUUAGUAAGUAUUGCUACUUCAAAAGUCGGUAAUAUUUUUUUUAAUCAAUGCACAA